AUGAGUAUUUCCACAAAUGACAGUGAGGUGAAAGUAAUGAAGCUCUGGAUAAAGAAAAUACGAAGCGCUAACAACUAUAGGAACGCAGAUCCAUCACAAGGGAUAUCAGUGUUACAACAAAAUAGCGAUGGUAUUUCUUUGGAGUCUACAAAAAUAUACCUCAAGCUGGCGGUAGCUUACUCUGACGGCUCACCGCAUCCGCCAAAAAAGAUCAGUCCUCAAAAGCUCCGCAAACGCAGGCCGGCUCGCGAGUACUUACGAAGCGCCAAUGUUGAGCACUGCGACGUGGGCGAGCAGAACCCUGCUAUCACUGUGUCGCGUACACAAUACGAGAUGGCCGAGAAGCCUUCUACAAUUACUUACAUUGACAAGCAGUCGUAUUCGCAGGUGAAUGCACCAGGCUUUGCAGCCCUUUCCUUCCAUUCACGUGCUGCACAUAUCCAAAGGAAGGUAAAGUCGGUAAAGGACAUUAGCAUUCUUGUAGAAACCCGUUACAAUAAGAAGGCCAACUCCACUUCCUCUCUGCCUUAUAGAGUGCAAUGCAUGACGACUCCGACAAGAGAUAAACAGUACAAUGCGUCUUCGCAAGCCCCGCACAUGCCAUGCUUUGUGAUGGUCACAUCUCCGUUUGUGUUAUAUCAUAAAUGUAAUCAUGAGGAGAUCCGCUUAAGCAAUGAAUAUCGCCAGUCCCAAGGUGACUGGGGAAUGACGCACGCUAUGCUCCCUCCUCAUGUUCACCUCUCCGAGGUUAUCCUAGCAAUGUCACAAACUAAGCCCCGGGCAACUCCUUUCUCCAAACUUAGCGCUGACCACGUAUUGGAGAUAUGCAAGCAUCUUUCUAACACUGACAUGUACUCUCUUACGCUGACAAGCCGCCACACUAUGACCGCACUUCGACGAUUGUACAAGGACGUCGAGCUCCUAUCGCCCGAUUCGGCAAAGGGCUUCAGUCUGCUCGAGAGUAUGGCUGACCCUCAGACACCUUACCGUUCCCUUGCCCUUACAAGCCUGCGAAUCGAUGGAACUAGUUCCAAGGACUGGCAUUAUUUGCCCAGAGGUCGCAAGGGCAGUAGCAUUGUAGAUGCCAUACUAGAACAAUGCCUACCAGAACAACCACCACCAAACGCCCAUCAAGACGUGCGGGAUACGGUUGAGGAAGCUUACAGCGUGUGCCGCGCCAGCCUUUAUGCCUCCACCUGUAUCGGCCCUGCUUCGAUUGCACUCGCAAUCACCCUGGCGAAGAACAUCAAGUCUAUCGAGUGGAUGAUGAUCGGUACUGGCCUCACAUGCACGCCGUUGAAGCUCAUAAAGCUCGUUAUAUCUGCGAAAGUCGCCUGCAGUCUCCCAGUAUUCCCUACGCUUUGCCAUUUGGAAUGGCGCCUCGACAAUACCGACGCAUGUGUGCCAAUAGUACCAAGCCUGAAACGCCUCAUCAUACACGGCUCGAUGGGUCAGAACGUGUCUUUUGACCUCACAGCCAUGGUCAACGACACCAAAAGCCAGCUCAUGGAGGUGAUAAUGUUGGGUAUGGAUAUGACAGUACCACUCACGGAGCUCUCAAACUUGGGCCACCUGCACCAUCUCCGUAGCCUUCGAAUGCGCGAUUUCUCACGGGAUAACCAGCAGAACUAUCAUGAACUCUUCAAGCUUCUUAAUCAGAAUUCUCCACAGCUUGAAACAGUCGACUUAGACUUUGAGUACACGGACUUCGGUGACAGAACCCAGGAGACUGUUCCCAAGUCCCUACAGCCCCAACUGGACCUACUUACCAACCUCAAACACGCCAAAGUUCACAGCCAGCUCCUGUGGUCGAGCCCAUUUGACAUGAACUUGUCAGAGAUGUACGACGCACUUCCACCAAACUUGGAGUACCUGGUGUUAGUAGGCUUGGACCUUGGUGCCAUCCUUCAGCUUGACGAGGACGAAAACGACGAAGAGAUGAACGACGAGAACGACGAAGAGAUGGAGUACGAGACGACGGAUACUAACGGGGAUAUUGUUGUCGCUGACGAGGUGGACAAUGAAAUUCUAGAGCGAAGCGACCCCGACCCGUUUUCCAUACGCCAUUUACGGACGGUCCUGCCAUACCUGACGCGUGUUGGGUUCAGAGCUGCAACUUGCCGAUCGGGCUUUGAGGUCGUUGGUGGCGAGUGCUAA